AUCGCACACUAUCAGGAACAAUGGAACAGCACUCACAGAGGGCGAAGAGUGAGCGCCUUCGAAUCAGACGGCAGCGUGAAACGCCGCAAGAAAGGGUCGUUCGCCUUGAAACGGAGUCUGCGCGGCAGCAACAACGGACGAGAAAAUGAGAAUUGGGAAGAGCGGUCUUCCCGGUUGCAGGCGAACGCUCAUAGGCAACAGCAGAGGCGCCAGCAUGAAAGCUCCGAAGAGCGCAUAUUUCGACUCCAGGGGAAUGCUCAGAGAGUGCGGCAGAGGCGCCAGCAUGAAAGCUCCGAAGAGCGCAUAUUUCGACUCCAGGGGAAUGCUCAGAGAGUGCGGCAGAGGCGCCAGGAUGAGAACCCCGAGGAGCGCGCACUUCGGCUGCAGGGAAACGCUCGAAGGGAGCAACAGAGACGCAACUCGGAAGACGCUGCUCAAAGAGUCGGCUGGAGAACAACAGUCAGCUGCAAAGAAGAAGACGGCAAGCAAGAAACAAUUGAUGAGCGUGAGAUAAGACUGCAAAGAAACGCCCGAGUCCAGCAGAGAAGACGCACAUCUGGAAGUAUAGACGAACGAGUGGCCAGAUCGCAAGCGGAAGCCACGCGGCUAUUGAGAAGGCGUGAAUUGGAAAGUACCGAAGUUCGAGCUGCUCGGCUUCAAGAGGAUGCUGAGAGACACAGGAGGCGUCGGAGUCUUGAAAACGAACAUGACCGAUCUGUUCGAUUACAGUUAAAUGCUUCAGCUACGCGUCGACGUCGAAGCAGACAUACUGAAUCCUCUGGAACCGCUCUGCACAUGCGCGUAGCCGAAGCACAUUACCUAGGGGAGCUCAAUCAACGGUGUGUAGAUUGCGGCGCGCUGCAUUUUCUUUCCGAGGUGAAGGCCAAUCAUCCGGGCAAAGUUUCAAGAGUGCUGCGAUCUAGGACGGUGCACCAUGAAUUUUUUCGAGAACUUCCCCGAAGAGCUGCGUCGGCUUUUCGUUCGUGA